AUGCAUAUUUCCUGGCCCCCAUUUGCAGAUAAUGCGUUUGGCACCGCUAGUUUGUCUCUUGGUAAUUGCCGAGAACACAGGCUUGAACCACGCCUCAAGGCUGCAGCAGAAGCGGGAUAUCAAUGGAUCGACUUGUUCGACGAGUGCUGGGCUGCGUACCUAGAGGAACAUGACUUGCCUGGUGACCAGCUAUGGGAAGCUACACCGGAAAUCCUUCAAAUCGCUCGCAAAUUAGGCGAUUUAGUCAAGUCUCUGGGAAUGCACAUUGCAUGCACCCAGCCUCUUCGGAACAUCGAGGGAAUUAAGGAUCUCGCUGAACGCCGGACCACGCUCAACCAGGUCGCGAAGCGAUUUCCAUUUAUGCGAGCCUUUGACACCGACCUUGUGUUUAUGUGCGCCAGUAUUCGUACGGACAAUGGUGUUACAUCCGAUCUCAAGACGGUUGCGAGAGACCUUGCAGAGCUGGGCGACAUGGCAGCCGCGUACGCACAAGCUGAUGGCGGGCCCAUGUUGAGAGUUGGUUAUGAGGGCCUAUCUUGGGCUGUGCGAAAUACAUGGUCUGCUUCAUGGGAAGCGGUACGAUUCGCGAAUCGCCCAAAUGUGGGAUUGAUUGUGGAUGCGUUCAAUAUUCUCGCCGUCGAGUUUGCAGAUCCCUACAACCCUGCUGCACACGGGCGCAUAUACCCAACCUUAGAAGAAUCUCUUGACGUUCUUACUGGAUCACUUGCAUCGUUAGCCUCCACAGUACCAGGCGACCGUAUUUUCUUCUUCCAGUGCGGCGAUGCUGAGUUGAUGAAUCCAUCGAGCUUCCUCCCACCGACGGACCCGGAAACACCCUCACUACUUCCGUGGUCACGCAGUCAUCGCCUCUACCCUCUUGAGGAGUCUCGAGGUGGUUAUAUGCCAGUGGAGCUUGUCGCAGCUGCAAUUCUUGCUACAGGAUAUCGAGGCCCAAUUUCUCUUGAAGUAUUCAAUACCUCCCUCAACAUACCCGGGCAAAGUGUUCCAGCAGAACAUGCUACCAGGGGAAUAGAAGGCCUCCGGAAGCUACUGGAAACUGCGACUGCAUUGAGCCCAUUUUGGAACAGUCAAACGGAGAGGGAACAAGCUAUUACGCAGGUGAUACGACGUUUACAACCCGUCAUGCACAGGCUGUGA